AUGUUUUCUGUCAAUUUGUUAACCCACCCCCUAUCUACCAUAAAUAACUUCAAAUUAACUCCUUUUUUCAACCCGUUCCCAAUUCCCAAUCCUCCAAGAAAGCCCGAUCGAUUCGAAUUUCCACGACCCUCCUCGAUCCGGUGCGGGCUUCGCGAAAUCCGGCAGAGAAUCGAAACUGUGAAAAACACGCACAAAGUCACUGAGGCAAUGAAGCUGGUUGCGGCGGCCAAAGUGCGCAGAGCUCAAGAAGCCGUCGUCAAUGGUCGCCCAUUCGCCGAAACCCUAGUCGAGGUACUACUCGACAUUAACGAGCAGUGUCAGUUAGAUGACGUAGAGAUUCCACUAACUGCCGUUAGGCCCGUCGAGAGAGUUGCCAUAGUAGUCAUCACGGGCGACAGAGGACUAUGUGGGGGGUUCAACAACGCCGUAAUCAAAAAGGCUGAGUCCCGAAUUUCGGAACUGAAGAAUCUUGGCCUGGGAUAUACUUUGAUCAGCGUGGGCAAGAAAGGCAACGCUUAUUUCAAGAGAAGGCCGAGCGUGAACGUGGAUAAAUUUGUCGAGGGGGACAGCUUUCCCACCUCCAAAGAGGCUCAAGUGAUUGCCGAUGUUGUUUUCUCGUUGUUUUUGAGCGAAGAGGUAGAUAGAGUCGAGGUCAUAUACACGAAGUUCGUGUCGUUGAUUAAAUCCGAUCCCAUUAUCCGCACAUUGCUCCCUUUAUCCCAAAAGGGUGGCGACAAUGUGCAUUCUGUUGAGGAUGAGUUUUUUCGGUUAACCACCAAAAGAGGAAAGUUGGCCGUGGAGAGGGACCCCAUGAGUAAAAAAGGGCUCUUUUUAACAAAUUACGAGUUCGAGCAGGACCCUGCUCAGAUUCUUGAUGCGCUGAUGCCACUUUAUUUGAACAGCCAGAUUCUGAGGGCUUUGCAGGAAUCCUACGCGAGCGAACUAGCGACGAGGAUGAAUUCGAUGAGUGAUGCCACAGAUAAUGCAGUUGAGUUGAAAAGAACUCUUACGGUAGCUUAUAAUCGUGAGAGGCAGUCGAAAAUUACGAAUGAAAUAUUGGAGAUUGCAGCGGCUGCUGAGGCUCUGAGUUAA